AUCAGCAGCUCGCGUGGGGCGCCAUGAUAGCGCUCCGCUCCUGUCGCGCGAAUAUCUGCCGUGGCCCUCAUUUGCGCGCGGAUAUAAGGGACGGAGAGCGACUGUCAGGUGGCGGUUCCGGCGAGCAGUGGAUGAAGAAGGAGGCGGCCACGCGCAGCUCAAAAGAUGAUUGCCAGCUCUAUUGCCUGAGCCGCAAUGUGGCCCUUGCGUUGGGGCCGGCGCUUGUGGCGCUGUUGCUGGUCGCGAGCAGAAGUGAUGGCUAUCCGGCCACGUCUCCCGAGGACGCCCCUCUGCCGCCCAACGAGCUGAUGUUCGCCGAGGAGGACUACGAGGACGAAGAGGCCAACAUCCUGCGCCAACGGCUGCAGUCCGAGUACGGGAUGUCUCUCUUCGGAGUGCCCGACAACCAGACAGGGCAGCGUGUCACCGAAUGGCAGGACGGAACCGGCAUCAACCCCGAGGAGCUGGGAGAGUACGUGGAGGGCGACAUCUUGUUCCCGCCGUCGCGAAAUGGCAUCCGCCUGCAGAGCGCCCGUUGGCCCGCCGGGUACGACCUGCAGAACUUCCAGAGGGCCAUCAACUCGUACCACUCGCUGACGUGCCUGCGUUUCGUGCCGUACUCGGGCCACGAGAGCGACUACCUCGUCAUCACCAACGACAACACGGGCUGCUGGUCGGCGGUGGGGCGCACGGGCGGCCCGCAGCAGCUCAACCUGCAGAGCCCCGGGUGCACCACUCUGGUGGGCACCAUUGAGCACGAGCUGAUGCACGCCGCAGGCUUCCUGCAUGAGCAGAAUCGGUGGGAACGCGACCGUUACGUCACCGUGCACUGGCAGAACAUUCAGUCGGGCCGCGAGGCAAACUUCCGGCCAGCUUCGCGAGAGUCCACCGACGACUACGGCAUCGCGUACGACUACGGCAGCGUCAUGCACUACUCGGCCAACGCCUUCUCCAAGAACGGCCAGCCCACAAUCACGCCCAAGGCCGCCGGCGUGGAGCUGCUGGGCCAGCGGCGCGGCUUCAGCCAGGGCGACGUGGAGAAGAUCAACCGCAUGUACAAGCACGUGUGCGCGCGCCGCUCCGCCGCGCCCAAAAGCCCCAAGUCCCCGCAGCACUAGAGGGCGGCGUCACACGGAGCAGUGACGCAUUGGGCGUUUACUCUCCUCACCUCUCUCUACAUAUAUUGGGAUGGGCAAUUGUGUGGGAAAAGGCAGCUCGUCAUUGUCAUGUAGAAGGCUGCUCACUGAUCUCUAUUAUUUUCUAGGCAUUAUUUGACAUUUUUAUUUUAAUUAUUAUCAUAAUUUAUUAUAUACUUUUACAGUCCUUGAUCAUAUGCUUAGAUGUAGUUUAAAUAAAUAAAUAUAUUAUAAUAAUAUGACAUUAAAUAUA